AUGGAGGACGACUUCAACUCCCUCUCCCUCUCCUCAUCCUCCUCAUCCCUCUCCUUGGGAGGUACUGCUGCUACCACUCCUGAGUCCGACUAUGAGAACCCAUUCGCCAGCCACAUCCGUCUGGAGACUUCCAGCAGCACCUUCAUCCUCGUCAUUGGUGGUCUGGGCUACAUCGGAUCACACACCUCUCUUGAGCUCCUGAAGGCCGGAUACAAUGUCAUCAUUGUCGACGACCUCAGCAAUGCCUUCCACAGCGUCUUUACCCGAGUGAGGACUCUGGCCCAGAACCACUGCAAGCGCAAUGGUGUAUCGAUGCCCCAGCUUCACUUCCACAAGGUCGACUACCGCAGCAAGUCGAUGCGUUUCCUCCUGGAAUCGUACUCGGAUCUCGUCUCUACCGCACCCAGCUCUCCUGGAGGAUCUACCGGACUUACACGACAGUCUCGGAUUACUGGCGUCAUUCACUUUGCCGCCUACAAGUCCGUUAGCGACUCCAUCGCCAAGCCUAUCCAGUACUACCGCAACAACGUCUGUGGACUCGUCGAGCUCGUCGAGCUCCUCGGCAAGCACAACAUCCGCAACUUUGUUUUCUCGUCUUCAGCCACCGUCUACGGAACCAAGGCCGAUGAGGGACGCCCCUUGAAGGAAGAGGACCUCGUUCACCAUCCGGAGACCUUUGUCGACCAGAACGGCCAACAGCAAACCAGAAUGCCCACGGUAGCUGGACUCCUCAGCCCUUACGCGAGAUCCAAGUACUUUUGUGAGGCCAUCCUUGCUGAUAUUGCGCUCUCCGAUCCCCUUUGGCGCAUUGUUGCACUGCGAUACUUUAACCCCAUCGGAUGCGACUCUUCCGGCCUCCUGGGCGAGGACCCCAAGGGUGUGCCUACAAACCUGUUCCCGGUCAUCACCCAGGUCCUGACUGGCCAACGAAAGGAGCUUGACAUCUUUGGAAGUGACUGGGAAACCAGGGAUGGAACCGCAGUCCGGGACUUCAUCCAUGUCUCCGACUUGGCGCGAGGUCACAUCGCUGCUCUCAGCGCAAAAAUCCCUGAGCCUUUCCGCACUUUCAACCUGGGGACUGGCAAUGGUACCACCGUGCAGGAAGCAGUUGACAGCCUGCAAGCCGCAUCCAACCAGACCAUCCCAGUCAAUAUGGCCCCGCGCAGGGCUGGUGACGUUGGAGCAUGUGUGGCAGCCAACGAGCGAGCGGUCAAGGAGCUGGGAUGGACUGCUACAGAGAGCAUCAAGCAGUGCGCCAGCGACUUGUGGAACUUCGUAUCCAGGGCUCAUGCACAAGAGACGCCGAACCAGGUCUAA